UUAUGCCCCUUGGUGUCCAGCCUGCCAGCAGACUGAAGCAGCAUGGGAGAGUUUUGGAAAGGAAAGUGAACUUCUAGAUACCACUGUAGGAAAAGUGGACGUCACUCAAGAACCAGGUCCUAAAAAAUCCAUGUUUUAAAUCUAAAGUGCUGGCUAAGAAUAAACUAAGAAAAUACCUCUUCAGAUACCUCCUUUGCCAACAUCAGGGAAUUGUGGACAUGCAGAGGUUUGAUCCUGGUGGGAGAUAUACAAGUUUGAGUGGCCGUUUCUUUGUCACAACACUUCCUACCAUUUACCAUGCGAAGGAUGGAGUAUUUCGCAGAUAUCGUGGCUCAAGGACAUUGGAGGACCUUCGAGGCUAUAUCCUGGAGAGAAAAUGGGAAGUUGUGGAGCCCGUACCUGGAUGGAAAUCCCCAUCAUCUAUAAUGAUGCAUGGAAUGGCAGGUCUUUUUCAUUUGUCUGGAUGGAUCAGGCACAUUCACAGCUACUUCACAGGCACACUUGGAAUUCCUGUCUGGGGUUCUUAUGCAAUCUUCAUUUUAGCCACCCUUUUGAUUGGCCUAAUCCUGGGUUUGAUAUUGGUUUUGAUUGCAGACUGCCUUUGCCCUCCCAAGCCUAGAUACAGAGCAGAAACAUCUGUUGAGUUGAUUGAAAAGGACAAUGCAGAGCUUACAGCAGUAGAAGAGGUAGAAGAAGCUGAAGAGUUUUCAGCAAAUGAGUUAGAAGAGGAUCUAGAGGAAAGGAAGGACGUUUCAGAUGGAGAAGAUGGAGCCAAAUCAAGUGAAGAGGCUAAUUCAAAUGAAGAUGGCUCAGAAGAGGACUCUGCACUUGAUGAAGGAUCAGGGACAGAAGAGACAGAAGACAUCCAACAUCCAACUGAUUUGGAGACCCAAAGCUCAGUAAGGCAACGUAAGAGCCAGGUGGCUGACAAUGGACUAUAGUUUCCUUGGUGUUUUCCAUAAACUCGGACCAAAGAAAUAUCUUGGGGCCUUCUGGCCUGCAGCUGAAGCCAAACACUUGAUUUGUAGUUUGUGUUUACGUAAAGCAAAACCUCUGUUCUGUAUCAGCUGGCUUCUUUCUCCUUUCCUUUUUUUAAGCCAAUGUUUGCUCAUAGACUUUCAUUUUUAUAAGCACGCCUUUAUAUAGUAUGUUGACCAUGACAAUCAAAAUCUUAAGUAUGUUUUGAUCUGCAUAGAGAUGUGAGGGGAAAGGGGCAUGGCCACUGGGAUGAAAGACUUGGUAACGAGGUGCUUGUUGUUCACACAUGUGCUUCUUUAUAGACACUGCUCCAAGCAAGAUGAGACAAGAGAAUUUAAGUUCAAAACCUGCAUUAACCAGCGGUAGCUUAGCAGGAGUCUGACUCCCUUUUCUUUCUGUCUGAAUAUAGUCCAUAAAUUCUGUAAGAACAUCAGGCACAUCAUAAAACAGCAGAUGGAGGCACCUUAAUUGUCUUCCAUUAAAACAACUUGGUGUUUGGUGUUUUGCUUUCAGCAACUCAACUGAAGCACCUUUGCUAUGUUGCUUUUUUUUUUUUAGUUUUGUUUUCCGCACUAUCGAAUAGUUAUGCUCAAACUAUACCAUAAUAUUUUAACAGUGAUUAGUUUUAUUCUAGGCUUGAAGUGCUUCUAAAGCUUCUCAUCUAGUGAUUUUUCAGAGGCAUAGUGCACAAGUCAGGCUUAUAUCAUCUGGUGAUUUUCAUCAUUUAGGGGGUUUAGAUCAUCAGAAACCUUUGGCUAUGGAACAUAAACAAUGAUAUGCUUAAAAUGACAUGUUUGAAAAGGAAAUGAAUUAGUGAGAGAGAGAAUUUUUGCCAAACUGUAAUCUUUUUCUUGUAAGGUGUUGCAGUGAGAAAUAUUCAUUCUAAGCCAAUGUCAUAUUUCUUACCAAUUCAAGCUAGUCAUUUACAGAGAACUACAAUUACUUUUUUGCUGUUUCCAGCCCAGAGUAGCUGGCAGCCAGAACUGCUUUAGUAAUAUUAACCAAAAAAACACUUAUGGUUUCACCUCCUAGUGUACUGGUUUCAUGACAAAAGGAGUGGAAAAAGCACACCAGGAAAUGAAAGACUUAGUUUUUGUUACACUGCUGUUUUGGUUUUUUAUGUGUUGACACAGCCAUGAAUUUUUCGAAUUGCAUAAAAUCGAAAUGGUUCACUAGCUAAUCUGCUGACAAAACCCUAUUCUGUCAAGUUUAUUCAAGAAAUCAACGUUUUAUUCAUUCUAGUUGCCAUGACUUACAUUAAGAAUUUUUUAAAAUAAACACAUCCUAUUAAGUGAAUGAAUAUCUGAAGGAUAAUCCUGUACAUUUCCACUUUGGCAGCAUACUGAUGCAGAUUACAUAAUAAGAAGCAUGUUGUUUACAUCUUUUUUGUUGCGUAUUUAGUUACCACAUUGCAUAAACCUGGCCAUCUAGCAUCAUCAGUCUCUUCAGUUUGUUUUGUGGGGGAGAAAGAGUAUUCUGUGAGAUAAGAUGCUUGCCCCCUGGUGUUAGAAAAGGGAUUUUACCACUGCACAAAGGUAAUUUUUUAAUUUUCUUAUGAAGUAAUUUCCAGUCUUGACAGGGUCAGUUUAUAUCUGUCUUGAGAGUUGUUUUACUGUUAAUGCAAAGAUUUUAUUCUGCAGAAAGCAAUCUGAGUCUCACUGUUUUUUAAAUGAUUCCAAAUGUAGAAUAUUUGCUCAUUUAGUAUAAAUCCUACAGUUGUAGGGCCUGAUUCUGGUCUGUUGUACAAGUGUAAAGCAGGUGUACCUUCACCGAGCUCUUAAGCAUGAAGAAGAUCAGAAUUGGGGCUGUACUUCAAUUCCUUCUGAAUACACUCAGCUAUUUAGACUCUCUUACAGCUAUGAAGAUUAGAUUCUUUUCUCCAGCUGACUGUCUCCACUUGUGUUGUAGAUGAAGGAAAAGAAAGCAUGUGGGUCUCUUUCCUCAACAGCAAACCUGUAGGCCCAGCACAAAUGAUAGCUGUCCAUCUCUCCAGAGUUAUGUUUCAUAUGAAUCUGACAUUGAGUGAGGCUAGACUCAUUUUAAGGGGUCUCAAACAUCAGACCCCAUAUACGAUGGCCCCUUUAUUUCCAUAGUCCCAGUAACAGAGAAGAUUAAUGCUAACUUUUGGUUUGACAGAUGAAUUCUUCUAUUGCAAAUGGAGGUUAAGUACAGUUGGUUUGAUUAUUGUAUUUAUAUACUUCUCAAAGUGUUGUUCAGACAUUAAUAACACCUCACUUUUAAGAGUGCCAUUUUUCCUUGUCAAAAAGACUGUUAAAGUAAAAUGGUAGUGACUGUUGGCUUAUGGAGGAAAUCUAUUGUUCAGUUUAGGGAACAGAUGGUAUUAAAGGGGCAUUAUAAAGGGCAGAUUUCUCCAUGAUUAAUGUGGUAACUGUGCAAUAAUAGCAGUGUCAGUCCUGAAUAAUGUAUGGAGGACUUGCACCUUUUCACUGAAAAGUAUGUCUUCUUAACCUUAAGUCAUGUUAGUAUAGAAAUAUUUGCAGCAGUAUUAGCCUUGCAGUUUUAACGCUGUCUGUGUUUCUGGGCUAUCUACAAUAUUAAUACCUCUCAUUUGUGCCAAUUGAGAUGACCCUGUUUAUCACCUCAGCACUUCCGUCCUGUGUUUUGAUUCACUUUACGGCAGUAGAAAUUGUCCUUGCAUGUGGAAUAUAGACAAAAUGUCCUCGAAAAGAAGUUGGUGUUCACACGAUUAGCUGCAAUUGUUUGAGUAAAUUUAGCACCAUUAACUCUGUUAAGACCUGCUGAGGGAGAUUGCAAACUUUCAAAGGGUGACUGGUGGAUUUGGGUUUCCAACUUUAGAGACUUAACUUUUCAGAGGCUGGUGCCCAGCUCCUUCUGGAAAUCAGUCCUUCUGACGAUGUUUUGGCAUGAACAUCCAGAAAGAGAGAUCUACAAACCCAUAUGUCACUCUUGAAAUGUUAUGCCUACAUUUCUAAAUAGGGUGCAAACAGAGCCUUGCCUUUCUACUUGUGCUUCCAAUAAAGUUUCAAGUGAAAUAUGUCAUUUGGAGAUUACUCUCUGUAUAGAUCAUAACAAUUCUGUUGGACAACAUUUUUUUAUGUGGCAUUUUCAUGGACAUGUUAUGCAAAAUUACUUUUUAUACUAAAAACUCUGCAAACUUAAGCCAUAGGUAUUUGUACUGGAAUUCCAUAUAAAUUUUUUGUAUUUAUGA